CUGAGGAAAUCAGUGAGUGGCUUGUCAAUCUUUCACGUCCAUACUACGUUGUCGAGAAAACUAAUCUUGGCCACUUUCCAUCAUCCCCUCUUUCUCUCACGCAAGAGCCAGUGCUCAGACAAGAAUGACAGCCUUCCUUCAAACCAGUCUGUCCCAAGCGCUGGACUUCGACUUGGCUCCCUCUUGCACGCCCCGAAUCUCCGUGCAGCUCUCCUCGGACGUUGCGUUCGGCUCCGUUAGUGUUGGUGGCCACGUAGCCUGCGCCAUGGCCAAUUACGCCCUCCACUAUGCGUCUCAUCGCCCCAAAUUGAAAGACCAGGUCGACCUUUAUUCCAGCGUCGUCCAAUUCUAUCGCCCAGUGUUCCCUACAAGCGCCAUCACAAUGACACUGCGUGAAGUUAAUAUUGGCAAAGUGAUGUCCACUCUCCGCGUCGAAUUAUUCCAGGAGGAUAAGAUCGCCUGUUCUGCCGAAUUAACCACCACCGAUCUAUCCACAAAAGGCAUCACGCUUCAAACGGGCUGGCGCCUCGCCCCCGAACCCCGUCAAGUGGACCUCGCAAAGCUCGCAACAGACAGUGAUCCGAAUUGGGCCUCCUACCACUGCCCCUUCUACCCUGACGGAUUCCGUCGCGGCCACUCCUACGCAAAGACUCAUGUCCCUAGAACCUGGCCCGCCGAGAUCAGCUUCCUCGAACAAUGGGCUGAGCCGGGCUUAGAUUGUCUCCCACAGGGUUCUCGACCCCUCGACAGCAACGACGACGCGCGCUGGACCGAAGAAAUGCUCCAGUUCGUAGUCGACAUGGCCCUUCCGAUUCAAUGCCACCGUGAUGCUGUGUACGGAGGUCAAGCAGAAGCUUCCAGCCAACGGAGUGCGGUGGCUGUACCUCCGGACCGUGUGCAAGCGGAUUGCUGAUGGGCGGAUGGAUCUCGAGGUCGUUGUCUUUGACGAGCGCAUGGGGCUCGUUGCCAUCAGCCACCAGACAGUCGUCUUGGUUCCUGCUGCGGCGAUGAUCCGGAAAGUGUCGUUUAUCGACUUGUCUUUCUCUUUUCUCUUCUUAU